CCCUCAUUUUCAUCUCUUUCAGAUUGUGUUUCAGAGCAACAGUAAACUAUACCCAGAGAGAUGGAGAAUGGUGGCUCAAAGAAAAGAACAAUCACCAAUGAAUCACCCAUUGCUCUUGUUCCCAAAAGGCAGAGGGUUGUUUUGGAACAAUUUCCAGAUCUCAACUUUCCUGAUUACCAGUCUAUACAGAACCCCCAAUGUACGGAAAACCCUAACCUCACCAAAUCAGAAUCAACAUCAAUCCUUUCUUUACUUCCCAUUUCCAAUAUGGAUAACCCAGUUUGUAACAAAAGCAAUGCCAAACGUGAGAAUCAACCGAUUAUUGAACCUUAUGUAUCUGAUAUCUCUGAUUAUCUUCGCGCAAUGGAGAUCCAGGAAAAAAGAAGACCGGAUGUUGAUUACAUGGAUAAUGUUCAGAGAAGCAUUACUACAAACAUGAGGGGGACAUUGGUUGAUUGGUUAGUUGAAGUUGCUGAUGAAUACAAGCUUCUUCAAGAAACCCUUCAUCUAGCUGUUUCCUACAUUGACAGAUUCCUAUCUAUUGAAUCUGUUGAUAGAUCCAAGCUUCAGUUGCUUGGUGUUUCUGCUUUGCUCAUUGCAUCAAAGUAUGAAGAAAUCACUCCACCAAAAGCGGUAGAUUUCUGUGAAAUUACUGAUAACACCUAUGAACUGCAUGAGGUUUUAGAGAUGGAAACUCACAUACUCAAGUCCCUAAAGUUUGAAAUGGGAAACCCUAAUGUCACCACAUUUUUAAAGAGGUUUGUUGUGAUUGCAUCUGAGAAUCGAAAGACUUCAAAUUUGCAGUUUGAAUGUUUGUGCAACUAUCUUGCUGAUUUAAGCUUGCUUGACUAUGAGUGUAUAAAAUUCUUGCCUUCUGUUGUGGCUGCCUCUGUUAUAUUUCUUGCCAAAUUUAUCAUCCGGCCUAGAGUACAUCCUUGGACUUUGUCCCUCUAUGAAUCCGUGGGUUAUGGAUCCUAUGAUUUGGAAGAAUGUGUUAUCAUUCUACAUAAUUUGUAUUUGUCAAGAAGGGCAGCAUCCUUGAAAGCGGUUCGCGACAAAUACAAGCAGAACAAGUUCAAACGUGUAUCAAACUUGCCUUCCCAGCCAGAGUUGCGAGAACAUUACUUUGAAGAAGUUCAUGGCUGAUAACUAUAAAGGACAUUUUGAGGCGUCCUAAUAUGAUCUGAAUUAGUUUCUUCAGCACAAAUGGUGAUAAUUUCAAAUUCUGGUGUUAUGUGGCUUUAAGGGGAUCGGUUUCUUCUAAAGAAGUGGUUGAUAAUUUCAAAUGUUACAUGACUUUUGACAACCAAUCAUUUACUGAUUGUAACAUCUGCCUAAUUUCAUUAGUCAACUUAUCAAUUACCACUGAUGGUCACAUCUGCCAGAUUUUGACAAUCCUUGCUAACUCCUUGCUAAAGGCUCAACUUUGUGUUCAAGUUGUCAGAUGAAGCCUAUUCUCCUUUGAUCUUUCCUAAGAUAAACUAAUUCAUAUGUUUGGUCA